AUUAUGUAUAGUGUGGGUGGAGAGCCUUUUACUGGAAGACUUGAUCCCACAUGCUUCAGAUUCCCUGCACAUUUGUUUCCAGCCAUGGCAGCGCAGAGGCCCUUUUUUCAUCCGCUUCUUCCCAUGAUGUGGAGCGUCCUGCUGCUGUGGAUUUACUUUUGUAUCAGUCCUCUGGCUCAGGUUCAGGGAGCUCUGGUUGUUACCAGGAGGGAUGAUCUGAGACAGGAUACCCCAGAGGUUACAGGAUCCAGGUCAAUAAAGAAAAGAAGUACAAACACUAAGAUGGUGGAAGUGUACAGUGUAAGAGUUGUCUGCACUGUGACUUGUCGCUUCGCCCGCACCGUCAUGACCUCCAAGGCUCUCAACAAAGCAAAUGUCGCCCAGGAAAUCAGCCUUGAAGUGGAAUUGCCAAAGACCGCCUUUAUCACGAACUUCAGCAUGGAGAUUGAUGGUCGCACUUAUGCUGGAGAGGUGAAGGAGAAAGAGAAAGCCAAAAAACAAUAUGAUAAGGCGGUCUCAAAAGGGCAGUCAGCUGGUCUGGUGAAGGCCUCUGGGAGAAAGAUGGAGACGUUUUCCAUGUCCGUUAACGUUGCUGCCGGGAGCGGCGUGAUCUUCGUUCUGAUCUACGAGGAACUCCUGAAACGCACACUGGGCCAAUAUGAGAUUCUGACUCGUGUUAAAGUGGAACAACCCGUGGAGGAGUUUCAGAUUGCUGCGGACAUCUAUGAGCCACAGGGCCUUGCUUUUGUUGAAGCAGUAGCAACUUUCCCCACCAAUGAGCUGCUGCCUCUCAUUAAGAAAACCAUGACAGACACAAAGGCACACAUUUCUUUCUCACCAACAGCGGAGCAGCAGAGGUGUCCCCAGUGUCCAAAUCAGCUAAUUAAUGGUGAUUUCAUCAUCAAAUACGAUGUGAAACGGGAAAAGGGCUUUGGAGAAAUUCAGGCUGUGAAUGGAUACUUUGUGCACUUUUUUUCCCCCCCUGACCUGGCCAGAGUCCCUACGAAUGUGGUGUUUGUCAUUGACAGGAGUUUAUCAAUGGCUGGAGAAAAAAUGCAACAGACUCGUGAGGGCCUGGUGUCCAUUCUGAGUGACCUCCAUGAAGAUGACCACUUUGCUAUCAUCUUGUUUGAUUCCUUCAUCCGAAACUGGAAAGACCAUCUCACCUUAGCAACAAAGGAAAAUGUUUCCGAAGCCACUAAAUAUGCAUGGAGUAUUCAGAUAGGCUCAGCCACAGACAUUAAUAGUGCUGUGUUGAGUGCGGUAACCAUGCUGAAGAGCGGAAGGGAGAACAAGCAAGUUCCAGAGAGAAGUGUGGAUAUGAUCAUUUUACUGACCGACGGGAUGCCGAAUACUGGGGUGAGCAACCAUCAGGAAAUCCAGCAGAACGUGCGUUCUGCCAUUGCAGGGAACAUGUCUUUGUUCUGUCUAGGAUUCGGUAACAGCGUGCGCUACUCCUUCCUGGAUGUGCUGAGCAGGGAAAACAAGGGAAUCACCAGGAGAAUCUUUACUGAUUCAGAUGCUGCCGUUCAACUCAAAGGUUUCUAUGAAGAAGUGUCCAGCCCUCUUCUUUCGGACGUGGAGCUGCGCUAUCCUGACAAUGCCGUGAGCUUUUUGACCAAAAAUCAAUACGGCCAGCUGUUCAAUGGCUCAGAAAUUGUGGUGGCAGGUCGGCUGAAUAGAAAUGACAUGGAUAACUUCCUGGUGGAGGUUUCUGGCAAGGGGCCUAAAGGGGACAUUCAUGAACAGGGAAAGGCCGACGUGGUAUACCCGGAGAAGGAGUACAUCUUUGGAGAUUUCACUGAGCGUUUGUGGGCUUAUCUCACCAUCCAACAGCUGCUGGAGAAGAGCGAAAUUAGUUCUCAGCAGGAAAAAGAGGAAGCUGCAGCCAAGGCUUUGGACAUGUCUCUGCAGUACAACUUUGUCACCCCUCUCACCUCCAUGGUGGUCACCAAGCCUCAAAUCGAGGACACAGAAGAUAAUUCUUUCAUUGCUGAUAAACUGACUGAAGACCAGCGGCAACAGGAAGAAAUACUCAAAGAACAGCAGCAACACACAGCAAGACGCAGAGGCCAUUCUUCUUCCCUAGGCCCAGGUCUGGGGGAUGUGGAUGGAGAUCCUCAUUUCAUAAUAGAGCUGCCAGGCAAAGACGACGCUCUGUGCUUUAACAUAAACGACAAACCAGGAACCAUAUACAAUCUGGCCAGAGACCAGAAAUCAGGUUUUCAAGUGAAUGGCCAAAUCAUUGGCAAAAAGAAAUUUACCCCUGAUGCGAAGAACAACACAUACUUUGGUCGUUUCGGUGUCACCCAUCAAAGGCUGGGGGUGAAGCUGGACGUGAGUACUGACGAUAUCUCAGUCUUCCACCGUGGAAAGAACAUCAGGUUGCAAUGGUCUGAUACGACCACCGUGAAAGAUGCCGGUUUGAUCCUUAGUCUGACCAACAACUGCAGCCUGACAGUAAUGCUGCGGCACUCAGUUAAAUUUAUGAUCGUCAGACACACAAAGACUUGGAAGAAACACCACGACACACAGGCGUACCUGGGUUUUUACACCCUGGACAGUCACCACUUAUCCUCCUCAGUUCAUGGACUUCUUGGCCAGUUCUACCAUGGAGUUGAGUUUGAGGUGACAGAUUUGUAUCCAGGACAAGUUGAGCAAAAAUCCGAUGCCGUCAUGUACAUAAAAGGCAGGGCCCUCAAUGUGACCAGGCACUGGCAGAAAGAUUUCAGCAGGGAUGUGAAAAUCGGAAAAGACGUCCUUUGCUGGUUUGUGGACAAUGACGGAAACGGCCUCAUCGAUGGAUCGGCUUCAGACUACACUGUGCCCGACCUUUUCACUGUUUGAAUUUUAGAAACAUAACAUAUCUGUAACAUACAUGUAUCAUGGGUCUACGGUGCGAAAGAAUUGUGCAUUUUGAACUUUUGAUGAUAAAGCAUGAUGCACAAAAAGAGCCCUUGGUCAGACUAUGAGCUGUGUGUGCUCAUAGUCUGACCUCGUUGAGCCCAUUGUGUUGUAUUACAAUUACGCACAAGUUUUUUUGUAGAUCAUUGGAACUUAUUUCAGGCUCUGUUAAAGCUUAGUUCUUCAGAUUAAUUUGUUUAGUAAUGUUAAUGUGGUUUAAACCUUCUGCCCAGAGGGCAUACAUUGGUGAUCUACUACAGACUUUAACCUAACCCUAUGUUGUGCCUGGUAAUGUGGAUUUUACCUCUUAGAGUAUUUUACAUUUCAUCUAAGCACAAACUGCAGGGAACUAACAAGGAUUUUAC